AUGCUCCAUUGCGUUUCUCAGCUUCCCCCAUUCCCCUCCAACCCCGCGCACAGGUCCAAGGAGCGCUGUCAGGGCAACAACAGCAGCAGCAGUACCAACAGCAGCACUGAGCCCAUCUGCGGGCGGCCCUUGGGUCUGCGCUUCCACCCAACCACGGGCGAUCUGUACUUCGCUGACGCUUACUUCGGGCUGCACAGAGUGGGGCCUGGCGGGGGCAGGGCGGAGAAGCUGGUUGAUACGGUGGCGGGGAAGCGGAUGCUGAUGACCAACGACCUGGAUGUUGACGCGGAUGGGAAGAAUGGGGUGGUGUAUUUUACCGAUGGGAGCACUCGAGUAGGGCUUGGAGGGGGCAAGGCGGAGAAGCUGGUUGAUACGGUGGCGGGGAAGCGCCUGCUGAUGACCAACGACCUUGAUAUUGACGCAGAUGGGAAGAAUGGCGUCGUGUAUUUCACUGACGGGAGCACUCGGUGGCAACGCAAGGAUUUCUUCCUGGCAACACUGGAGGGCCAGCCAGACGGGCGGUUCAUGCGGUAUGACAUCGCAACAGGGCAGACCAAGGUGCUGGUGAAGGGGGUGGCAUUCGCCAAUGGCGUUGCGAUCUCCCGUGACCGCACGUUUGUUGUCUUCUGCGAAACCAGCUACAUGCGGUGUCAUCGAUACUUUAUCCGGGGGCCAAAAACGGGCAAGGCGGAAAUGUUUGUGAACCUGCCCGGUUAUCCGGACAACGUGAGCCUCAACCCCAGAGGAAGGUUUUGGAUUGCAAUCAACUCGAGACGAACUCCCAUGUCUGAGGUCCUAGCAAGGAGCCCUUUUGCGCGAUACCGGCUGCUCAACGACCCGGUGGGGCUGCAAGCAGCCUACGUGGCAGCAGUGGGGCUGUCGCACGGGAUUAUAGUAGAGGUUGAUAAUAACGGGGUGAUCACAGACGUGUUGGAGGAUAAGUUGGGGCGGAAUGUGGUGGCUGCUAGUGAGGUGGUGGAGCGGAAGGGGAAGCUGUGGAUCGGGUCUGUGAUGGUAGAUGAUGUGGCGGUGCUGAAAUACUCUCCUCCGAACAACACAGCUUCCAACAAGAAAGCCUGA